AUGGCACGCCCGAGCAAGGCGAAGAGCGUUUUCUCAGACAACGCCGACCUUCCAUCGCAGAAGAAGCGAAUCACCACCGCCGCUACCAGCGCAGACAUGGGUCCGAGUGGCAGCGCCAGCCUGUAUAAGCUGGAGCAAAUGGCGGCGGGGUUCGGCAAAAUCCCGGAAUUCAACAAGCUCAUGUAUAACGACGACAACGUACUGAUGACGCUCAACGUGCAGCUCAAAAACACACGGUACAAGGCCAACAUGGACGUUUUCAUGGACAAAUCGGCCGCAGUCUGCAAGUACGAUAUAUCCGUAAACGGUGGAGAGAAAAUCACGGGAACUACCACCGCUACCAACAAGAAAGCAGCGAGGAAAAAUGCAGCUAGAUGUAUGCUGAUGCAUAUGGACAAACCGACAGUAGAAGAGAUCGAGGAAAUCACCAAAUGGAUGGUUGCUGGGCACCGCAACAACAUUGGCGCCCGAGAGGAGCCCGUGUCCAAAGAGUUCGGGCCGCUCGGGCACACCGUCACCCUCCGGUGGAGGUGUGACGACCACUCGUUCUAUGGCAAAGGGGUGUCCAACUCCCUGAAGCUGGCGGAACUCUACGCCAUGCAGGACCUCUACUGCCAAACGCACAAGUUUCCCACACUGCAGCAAGAGGCGAAAGUGCUGAGACCAGUCAAGCUAAACGCUACUCCCACCAUCACAAAAGCUUCUGCGAAGGCUUCCAGGCCAGAGCCCAUCAUCGACGAAUUGUCGAAGGCAGACGUCUGCCACAUGAACACUCUAAGGAACUCCAUGGUCAACAAGAUGAAGGUGAAGCAGCACGAGGUCAUCACCCAGUCACGAGGCGGGUUCCUGUGCACGCUCACGUGGGAGUGGUUGGACACCAACGGGCAGGUCGAGAAGAGGACAGUCGCCAAACAAGGCACCAGCAAGGCGCUGGCCAAGGCAGCAGCGAGCAAGGCGAUACUCGUGGAAGUCGGCGUUAUCGACCCCGUUACGCGUGAAGAAAGUUCUCACGCUUCGUCAAUACGAAGCAGCAUAACCAAGAAUAUCGCCAGAGCCGUGCAGGCGGCCACGGAAUUUGUGCGGAAAACAAACUGCAGCGUGUGGAGACUGUUUAUGCCGCAAUUGGUCGAAGCGCUCGUGCAGCGGGGCGAUCGCGAAUUGGUGACGCCACUGCUGGAGAGCAUCACCGCCGCAGACGUGGAGAUACCGACUGACAUCUGGGAGACGCUCCUGUCGCUCUCCAGCAUUGCCGUUGACGAGAUGUUUUGCAAGGCGAUUCUGCACGGUAUCAAACAUCUGACGCUGGACUCGAGGUAUUUCAUCUCGGAAAAGGCUCAAAAGGUCUACCAAAAGCAAAGCUGGCUGCUUGCGCUGGAGUUCAACGCCGAAAUGUGCUCGAACUUGGCAUCGCUUCAGAGCAGGGGCGGAAAAGACGUCGUUAGCCUGCUCUGUGACAACACCAAGUCGCAGCUCCCGCUGAUGUUCCUCAAAGGGACCGUCAACUCGGAGUACAGCAAGUCGCCCUUGAGAGAGGACGAUAUGGUGCUUCUUGUGCCGUACAACGGCGUGUAUCAAUGGGGGGACGGACUGGUCGCUAUUGUCUCCAAGCACAAAAGCGAAAACUACGAAGCCAGCCUGACGUGCAAGGUCGUGAACCGACUAAAAUGGGAUCCAACCGACGCCAUCUACGAGCACAAUAGGUUUGGGGUCUUCUUCGUCAACAACACUACCACCAACAAGAGGAUGAUGCAGGCACUGCUGGCAAUAACACACAAGAUGUUGCCAGUUAACUCCAACGCACAGGGGUACCACUACAACAAGGAUCUGCAACGCAUACUGAUCGAGAGCGACAAGGAUUCUGUAGCGGAUCUAGAACUGAACAAUGCGGCGCUGCCCACCAGCAUACCUCUCACGCCAUCCCAGUCCGACGCCUGCAAAAGUGCGCUCACAAACCCCUUGACACUCAUACAGGGUCCUCCGGGCACAGGCAAAACGCAGGUGGCGUGUGCGAUCAUCGACUGCUGGAGGCAGCAGACGAAAGAAAAAAUUUUGGCUGUUGCGGACUCAAACGUUGCUGCAGACAACCUCAUUGAGGGGUUGAACAGCAGGGGUAUUCAUGCUUUGAGGAUCGGAUUUGGGUCUGAGUCGCUGCUGCAGGAGGAGUCGCUCAAAAGGCUUGCCAAAUAUGGCCGCUACAAGUCACUGAAAGAAUCCGGGUACUACAAAGAAGCCAACUCCUUGCGCAUGGCAAUGAUCACCGAGGCUAUCAGACAGCACCAGGUCAUCAUAGCCACCUGCGUUGGAAGUGGGAACGACAUUCUCUCCAGUUACUCAUUCCCGUACGUCGUUAUAGACGAGUGUGCCCAGUCCAUUGAGGCAAGCAACCUCAUCCCCAUUGGGAAGGGCUGCAAACAGCUCGUACUCAUAGGAGACCACAAGCAACUGCGGCCCACCAUCAUAUCUCCGGAGGCUGCGGCCCAGGGACUCUCCAUCUCACUUCUCGAGCGGCUGGUAUCCGCACAGGUAGCCACAGUGCAUGUGCUGGACGUGCAGAGGCGUAUGCACCCGUCAAUUUCCGAGUUCCCGAACAAGCAUUUCUACCGUGGAGCGGUCAGAGAUGCCGUUAGCGAGAGCAGCAGACCACCGGUGAGGGGGUUCAAGUGGCCGACAAGAGGAUACAACAUCGCUUUCAUCGACGCGAGCGCAGGAUGCCCAAACAGCCAGUUUGAAUCAAACGUCGGCACUUCCAAAGCUAACGCACUUGAGGCCGACAUCGUCGCCAUUGUACUCAAGUCGAUUAUUGAGGCGAGGGAUGUGAGGGAGUCACAGAUUGGAAUUCUUACUGCGUAUGACGCGCAAAAGUGGAUGCUCAAACGGAAACUAAACCAAAUCGACUCGGUAAAAGGGCAGGCGAUCGAAAUCGAUUCCGUAGACGGGUUCCAAGGCAAAGAAAAGGAACUCAUAAUUUUCUCAGCAGUCAGAUCUAACCUGCAGAAGGACGUUGGGUUUCUCAGGGAUCCCAGGAGGAUGAACGUCAUGUUAACCCGUGCUCGCAGGGGGCUCAUCGUCAUUGCCGACAAGUACACGAUAAUGAACGACAUCGCCAACUGGAGGCCCUAUGUGGAGUAUAUUACGGACCGGGUGCUGGACAUUCACAUCUCGGAGCUGAACAUGUUCCUCGAUUCACCUUCGAACCGACUGGACGGCAUAGUCCGCCAGGUUAGAACCGGGUGGUACCCGUAA